AUGAGCCGGAGUGGCGGAGCCGGGCGGCCCGGGGCCGCGCUCACCGGCCCGGGACGCUUCCGUAUGGCCCGCGAGGAGCCGGCGCCGGCGGCGGUGGCGGCAGCCGGGCGGCCCCGGGGCGGCGAGCGCGAGCGCGAGCAGGCGCUGCAGGGGCCGGGGGUCGCCCGCAGGGGGCGGCCGUCGCUGAGCCGCGCUAAACUGCACGGGCUGCGGCACAUGUGCGCGGGGCGUGCGGCGGCGGGGGGCUCCUUCCAGCGGCGGGCGCUGUGGGUGCUGGCCUUCUGCACGUCCCUCGGCUUGCUGCUGUCCUGGUCCUCGAACCGCCUGCUCUACUGGCUCAGCUUCCCGUCGCACACGCGGGUGCACCGCGAGUGGAGCCGCCAGCUGCCCUUCCCCGCGGUCACCGUGUGCAACAACAACCCGCUGCGCUUCCCGCGCCUUUCCAAGGGGGACCUCUACUACGCCGGCCACUGGCUCGGGCUGCUGCUGCCCAACCGCACGGCGCGCCCGCUGGUCAGCGAGCUGCUGAGGGGGGACGAGCCGCGCCGCCAGUGGUUCCGCAAACUGGCCGACUUCCGCCUCUUCCUGCCGCCGCGCCACUUCGAGGGCAUCAGCGCCGCCUUCAUGGACCGCCUGGGCCACCAGCUCGAAGACAUGCUGCUCUCCUGCAAGUACCGCGGCGAGCUCUGCGGCCCGCACAACUUCUCCUCCGUGUUUACAAAAUAUGGGAAGUGUUACAUGUUUAACUCAGGCGAGGAUGGCAAACCUCUGCUCACAACAGUCAAGGGGGGGACAGGCAACGGGCUGGAGAUCAUGCUGGACAUUCAGCAAGAUGAGUACCUGCCCAUCUGGGGAGAGACAGAGGAAACGACGUUUGAAGCAGGCGUGAAGGUUCAGAUCCACAGUCAGUCUGAGCCGCCUUUCAUCCAAGAGCUAGGCUUUGGGGUGGCACCAGGGUUCCAGACUUUCGUGGCCACACAGGAGCAGAGGCUCACAUACCUGCCCCCGCCGUGGGGCGAGUGCCGGUCCUCGGAGAUGGGACUCGACUUCUUUCCUGUUUACAGCAUCACUGCCUGUCGGAUUGACUGUGAGACCCGCUACAUCGUGGAGAACUGCAACUGUCGCAUGGUCCACAUGCCAGGGGAUGCCCCUUUCUGUACCCCUGAGCAACACAAGGAGUGUGCCGAGCCUGCCCUAGGUCUGCUGGCGGAAAAGGACAGUAAUUACUGUCUCUGCAGGACACCCUGCAACCUGACCCGCUACAACAAAGAGCUCUCCAUGGUGAAGAUUCCCAGCAAGACGUCAGCCAAGUACCUCGAGAAGAAAUUUAACAAAUCAGAAAAAUAUAUCUCAGAGAACAUCCUCGUUCUGGAUAUAUUUUUUGAGGCUCUCAAUUAUGAGACCAUUGAACAGAAGAAGGCGUACGAAGUUGCUGCCUUACUUGGUGAUAUUGGUGGUCAGAUGGGAUUGUUUAUUGGUGCUAGUAUCCUUACAAUACUAGAGCUCUUUGAUUAUAUUUAUGAGCUGAUCAAAGACAAGCUAUUAGACCUGCUUGGCAAAGAAGAGGAGGAAAGGAGCCACGAUGAGAACGUGAGCACUUGCGACCCGAUGCCAAACCACUCCGAAAACAUCAGCCACAGUGUGAACGUGCCCCUGCAGACAGCCCUGGGGACCUUGGAGGAGAUUGCUUGCUGA